UCCAGCAGAAGAAAGUACCUUAAAAAAUAUAUAUUCUCAACGGGUGGAGUCAGACACCAUCAAGAUGGAGACAACCAGAGAAAACACACUGGACUUCAAAAUGUAAAUGUACUUUCCACACGCAGGCCGUGCAAGUGACGUCCACAUAAUCUUAUUAUUUAUAAAAUAUCCUUGCUGCAAGUUAAAAUACUAAAUUAUGUGCAGUGAUUGCAAUUUCUCAGUGGGACGUUCCAAAUUUUGUUUCAUGAACGUGUAAGAUAAAUUAGGAUAAUCCUUCAAUGCAUCCCACAGUCCUGCUGGCGUUCUGAAGGUUAUUUGAUAGAGCACGAAUAUGUCAGUUCUCUUCACUUAAAAUAAAAAUUUAGCAACCCAAGAUAGACGUCUGAGGCAUCAGCACACAGCAGCAAACUAUUUCCCAAGAUAGCUCCUCCUGUCCUCCUGUCCACACAUCUUGCAUUUUGUGCAAGAUGAGUGUGCCAGCGGGAGCAUAAAUCUCAUCCUCCGCCACACAUCCCAGAGAACAGCACGCACUCUGUUGGGAAGAUUGCUAACAUCGCCAUAAUGGGAGUCAUGUGGAUCUACUCUUCGCUAAAGGAGGCAGGAGGGGAAAGAAAAGGACGUCAUCCGUCCAGUAAGAAUGUCCCCGGGCUGGUGAGGAGAGGCCCAAGUCGACCUGCGAAGUCGAACCCCAAACUAUAACUUUGGUCGCUGGAGAGGAGGAGCGCGCAUGACACCACGCCACACCACAAGCUUUCGCCCUGGCAGCCAUGGAGCCGUUCGUCGCAGGGUAAAGAGAUCUGAAACAUGUACAAACGCGCAACUCUUCCGAGGAGCAACGAAUCGGUUCGAGGCCUCAUGAUAAUGACAUCUCCCAAAACAUCUGCCUCUUUUGUAACGAUCAGUGUCUCAUUAUGGCUUGUUUUGCUCCAGCUUUGCUCUGGGCAGCUGAGACAGCAGCUCGGGACCACCCCCAACAUUAAACACAUUGUGGUCGGAAGGUGUUACACUUACAUUACACUUGUUAACCCCGGCUUAUGGUGUGACUGCGAGGAGGUUUGGAGACAGUUUGAGGAGGCUGUCGUCCAUCAGUCCUCUUGUAAUGUCACAGUGGAGGAUUAUCAUCACAUGUUUAAUGCAAUGCCACAAAUCUGGCCUUGUGACAGGUUCCUGUUUUGGAGUAAAACCAGGGCGCUGAUGCACAGCUAUGCAGCUGUGUUCCGUCAUUUCUGGACGCUGGAGGACACGCUGGUUGGCUACUUGUUCAAUGACCUCAUCUGGUGUGGCCAAGACGACGACUCCGGUAAUGACACAUGUGAAUUUAAAACAGGCUUCGAUUUCAGCUCUUGCCCUGACUGGUCAGCGUGUAGAAAUCAUCCAGUCUAUUCCUUGUGGAGGCAAGCGUCACAAAAUUUUGCAGAGAUGGCGUGCGGCAACAUCACUGUUCUCCUGAAUGGAUCCAUUGUUAACGCCUUCCACAAGAGAAGGUUAGAAGCAAUGAACAAUGCUAACGUGUUGCGAGAAUCAUGUAGUCAAGGAUCCAUCCUAGACCUGAUUCAGAUCCUCCAGUCCAGAGGUUUUCAGUGGACCUGCACAGACAGUGACCAGACCCUGAUGAUCCUUCAGUGCAUCCAGGAUCCUAAACGCUCCUCCUGUCAGACAUAUGCGGACGGCAACAGAGAGGGCCUCACAUCCAGCUGAAAACCACCCCCGUUAGUCAUACGUACUAUGAUGCUAGUUUUUUUAUGUUUUGCGAAGGUGAAAUUGAAUAAAUCGGGAUUUUGAUGUAAAUUCAGGAUGUAAAUAAAAUACAUUAAUGAGCACUUGACUGUAAAAAUUGUGUCCUUUACCAGAGACUUCCCGAAUAAAAGAAUUGUGUGUAAAUCUUGUACAUUUUAUUGAUCUCAUAAUAUAUUUAGAGUAUCAUCACCACUUGUCAACAGUCAGACACCCUUUUCUAAAGGCUUUUUUUCAGUUAUAAGCGUCCAUUGAAACGAUAAUAUUACCUGCAACUGUUGACGCUUC